AUGGACUGUUUGAAAGCCCCGCUACUCACAGAUGAGGCUGCAGCUGAGUUGGAGAUGAUCGAUCUGUGUCAGACCUUGAUAACUGGUAGGGCUCCUCUUCCAGCAUCCAACCAGCAACAACUCCAGUUGAAGCUCUUGCUCAUUCGCCUGCUGGCGGGUGCAGAGAAGGUGGCCAACUCUGUGCUCUUCCCCUGCAAGUACGCCUCAUCUGGUUGCGAAGUCACCCUGCCUCAAACCGACAAGAGAGAGCAUGAAGAGCUAUGUGAUUUCCGGCCGUACUCUUGCCCCUACCCUGCCACCUCCUGCAGGUGGCAGGGCUCUCUGGAUGCUGUCAUGCCUCACCUGGUGCAAAAGCACAAGUCCAUCCCCACGCUGCAGGGGGAGGAUGUCGUAAUACUAACUAUAGACAUUAACAUGCCAGGCGAAAUAUUCUGGCUAAUGAUGCAGUCAUGCUUCGGCUUCCACUUCAUGCUGGUGCUGCAGAAACGGAGGAAGUACGGUGGCAGCCACCAGUUCUUUGCCAUCGUGCAACUCAUUGGGACUGAAAAGCAAGCAGAGAAAUUUGGUUACCGACUAGAGCUGAACAAGCCCCAGCACCGCUUAACCUGGGAGGCCAGGCCCUGCUCCAUCCACGAGAACAUCGCCUCGGCCAUCAUGAAUGACGGCUGCCUCAUAUUCGACACGUUCGUCGCACAUCUGUUCGCGCAGAAUGGCAACCUGGAUAUCAAGGUCACCCUCUUUGAAAAUGUAUAA